AUCUCCCUCCAUCGUACAUCCCAAUCUUCACAAACUCUCCAACUCAACACGCUUCUAUAAUGUGCGGCAUUUUUGGUUAUUGCUCGUACCUACAAGAGAAAGACCGCAAAGAAGUCCUCGAAGUUCUCUGCAAUGGGCUUGCGCGUCAAGAGUAUCGUGGAUAUGAUUCGGCUGGUCUUGGUAUAGAUGGCGAUAAGCCAGGCGAAGUCGUUUACUUCAAGGAGGUUGGCAAGGUCGCAGGCUUGCGCAAGCGCAUAGCCGAGUCCAACAUUGACACUACGAAGUCAUUUGUCUCACAGGUGUCUAUUGCUCACACUCGGUGGGCCACCCAUGGUCCCCCGUCCUACCACAACUGCCAUCCUAUCCGUUCAGAUGUCACAAACGAGUUCAUGGUUGUUCAUAAUGGAAUUGCUACCAACGCGGCAGAGCUCCGACAGGUCCUCCAGAAGCGUGGCUACAAGUUUGAGUCGGACACCGACACGGAGGCAGUCGCUAUUCUCACUAAAUAUGUAUACGAUUCCCAGCCCAACAAGCGUAUUACUUUCACAGAACUGAUCAAGACCGUAUUGAAAGAGCUGGAGGGCUCCUUUGCGUUUGUUUUCAAAUCUGUCCAUUAUCCGAACGAGAUUGUCACUGCUCGUCGUGGUUCGCCCCUUCUGAUUGGUGUCAAAACAGAAAAGAAACUCAAGGUCGAUUUUGUUGACGUCGAACUUGCUGGACCUGAAGCUGAAAAUAAAACAGUCGAUUCGCUUGCACCCUCAGGCCCAUCCGCCUUACUGGCUCCUCCUACAGGCCCAAAGAUCCAGCGUACUCAGUCUCGUGCGUUCAUGUCUGAGGAUGGCCUUCCCCAACCUAUAGAAUUCUUUAUCGCCUCUGACGCCUCCGCUAUUGUUGAGCACACUAAACGCGUCCUUUAUCUUGAAGAUGAUGACAUUGCCCAUAUUGCCGAAGGUCAGCUACAUAUUCACCGACUCCGUCGUAACGAAGCUGGUGGCCCUCCUACUCCUGCUACACGUAGUAUUGAGACACUGGAGAUUGAGAUCGCUGCGAUUAUGAAAGGAAAGUUUGACCAUUUCAUGCAGAAGGAAAUCUACGAACAACCCGAUUCUGUUGUGAACACGAUGCGUGGACGCGUCAAUUUCGACUCGAGCCGAAUUACUCUUGGUGGAUUGCGUGCUUAUUUGCCGAUCAUGCGUCGUGGCCGAAGAAUUGUAUUCUGUGCGUGCGGAACGAGCUAUCAUUCCGCUCUUGCUACGCGCGCGAUUUUUGAGGAGUUGACCGAAAUACCCGUCAGCAUCGAGUUGGCUUCUGAUUUCUUGGACCGUAAAACCCCGAUUUUCAGGGACGAUGUUUGUGUGUUCGUGAGUCAGAGUGGAGAGACCGCAGAUACGAUCUUGGCUCUGAAGUACUGUUUGGAGCGUGGUGCAUUAUGUGUUGGUGUCGUCAACACCGUAGGCUCAACAAUCUCUCGUGAGACCCAUUGUGGUGUGCACAUUAACGCAGGUCCUGAAGUUGGUGUUGCGUCAACAAAGGCAUAUACUUCGCAAUACAUCGCUCUUUUAAUGAUGGCGCUGCAAUUAUCCGAGGAUCGUAUCUCGUUCACCGAGCGCCGCAAUCAGAUCAUCGAGGGUUUGCAUGCUUUGCCUGGCCAGAUCAAGAAGGUGCUCGAGGGUGACAAAAGUUUACAAGAGUUGGCGACUGGUAUCCUUGCUAACUCACGUAGUUUACUUCUUAUGGGCAGAGGAUAUCAGCAUGCGACGUGUCUGGAGGGUGCUCUCAAAAUCAAGGAAAUCAGCUAUAUGCACUCGGAAGGUAUCCUUGCUGGCGAGCUCAAGCAUGGGCCCCUCGCUCUUAUUGACGAAAACAUGCCCGUGAUUAUCGUGAUGACGCGAGACUCCUUGUACCCGAAAGUGCAAUCUGCGUUUUCGCAGAUCACUGCGCGCAAGGCACAACCGAUUGUGAUCUGUAACGAAGGCGACGAUGGAAUUUCCAAGGGAGUCAAGACUAUCCGCGUUCCCCAAACUGUUGACUGUCUGCAAGGCUUGUUGAACAUCAUUCCUUUGCAGUUGUUGAGUUAUCACUUAGCUGUAAAGAACGGCUUCGAUGUUGACUUCCCAAGGAAUUUGGCCAAGUCCGUCACGACUGAGUAAAUGACAAGUCUCACUCUUCAUAUUAGGAGAUGUUAUUCCUUUGAGAUGGACGGUCAAAAUUACCCUGUACCAGUAACCAUGGACUUGAUGGACGGUCUCGUUUUUUCCUUUGUAUUUCGUGUCAUUAGCAUACCACCCUUAGCAUUGGACUCUUGUUAGCCUCGUUCAUUACUACUUCGAUAUCCCUUACGGUACUAUUUACCAGGUCUUCCAACUCUGGAACUGGUACGUUGUUGACGUUGGUGAAGUACUUUAAAUGUUUUAAUAGAAUAAAUAGUUUGCAUGAACGAGCGUUAGCUGAUUCA